AUGAAGUUCACUGCUGUUGCGUCCGCCCUCUGCCUGGCUGCCAUCCAGCUUGUCGCCGCUGAGGAGCAGACCCUCACAUCGACGAAUACUCACACCAUCACCCGGACUGUGAUCCGCGUGAAUACCGUGUCCGCCACUGGCACUCCGUCUUCGUCCGCUGUCGUCACCCCCACGAGCUCUGCCAUUCCCUCGAGCAGCGCCGCCUCCAGCUCUUCUGUUGCUGCCAGUUCGACCUCUUCGGCCGCGGCUUCCGCUACUCCGACCACCGGUGCGGCCAUGCGCAUCGGUGAUGUCCAGCUGCCUGUGGUUCUUGCUGCUGGCUCUUUUGCCCUGUUCUUGAACUACCUGUAA